AAAUGAGGGAUCAGAUUCAAACACCAAUCUAAACAUCCCUCCAUUUUUCUUGCAAUCUUCCCAUUUCCUCUCUUUUUCUUUUACUUUUUAAGUCAUCAUAUUUCAAAACGAAUCGGAAAAAAUGCGUAACGGUUUGAGUUCGAGUCUUUCAGUUACAGAACGAGGGUACCUUCCGAGCGAGAAGUUCGAUGACGAUGGCAGAAUUAAACGUACGGGGACGUAUAUGAGUGCCACUGCGCAUAUAAUUACAGCAGUGAUAGGGUCGGGAGUGUUGUCGCUAGCAUGGUGUUUUGCACAACUAGGAUGGAUUGCUGGGUCCAUCACACUCGUCUUGUUUUCUGUAAUCACGAUGUUUAACUCGAUUUUGCUGACGGAUUGUUACCGUUCACCUGAUCCGGUUACUGGCACCAGAAACUAUACUUACAUGGAUGCUGUAAAAUCCAAUCUUGGAACGCUUCAAUACAAACUCUGCGGCGUAGCACAAUACGGUGUCCUCACCGGAAUAACCAUAGGAUACACCACCACCACCGCGAUCAGCAUGGCUGCCAUCAACAAAUCCAAUUGCUUCCAUAAACAUGGCCACCAAGCGGAUUGUCGCGUGCACAACAACUCGUUCAUGGUGAUUUUCGCUGUCAUUGAAAUCAUCCUAAGCCAAGUCCCUAACUUCCAUAAACUGUCACCGAUCUCAGUCAUCGCUGCUAUCAUGUCCUUUUCCUAUUCGUUAAUCGGCAUCGGUCUCUCGAUCGCCAAAAUCGCAGGUAAUGGAAUUGGUAAGACGAGCCUAACAGGAGUACCAGUUGGGAAGGAUUUUUCAGGCAUGGAGAAAAUGUGGAAAACUUUUUCUGCUCUUGGAGAUGUCGCUUUUGCGUAUUCGUUCUGUUUCGUGCUCAUCGAAAUUCAGGAUACGUUGAAAUCAAGUCCACCCGAGAAUAAGCAAAUGAAGAAGGCUACAGCCACCGGAAUCAUGGCAUCGACUGUGUUUUAUAUGUUGUGUGGUGUGUUAGGAUAUGCAGCGUUCGGAAAUGAUGCGCCCGGAAACUUCUUGACGGGGUUCGGGUUUUAUGAUCCAUUUUGGCUUAUCGAUAUCGCUAAUAUUUGCAUCGUUAUUCAUCUUCUUGGUGCUUACCAGGUAUUAGCACAACCAUUGUUCGGGUUCGUUGAGAGCUCGGCACGAAAGAAAUGGCCACAAAACAAGCUCGUAACGAAAGAGCUCUCACUGUGUGGAAUCGAUAUCAAUAUGUUCAGACUUGUUUGGAGAACAACGUACGUGAUAGUAACGACAAUAAUCGCAAUGAUCUUCCCAUUCUUCAACGACUUUGUGGGUUUACUUGGCGCGGGUACGUUCUGGCCAUUAUCCGUUUAUUUCCCGAUCGAGAUGUACAUUUCACAGGCAAAGAUCCCCAAAUACUCGUUCAGAUGGAUUUGGAUGCAAAUACUGAGUUUGGCAUGUUUGAUCGUGUCCCUGGUUGCCGCAGUUGGAUCAACUCGCGGUCUCAUAACUUCGGUCCAAUCUUUCAAGCCCUUUGAAUCUGUAUCUUAACUUAACCCAGGUUGGAUCGGUUCAAUGUUUAAUCAGCAAGGUGGAUUUAACAUAAGUUACUAGAAGUAGGAAUCUGUAUUUACAAGUGUUGGAAUGAAAGAAAUCUCGUUAUAAGGAGA